AUGGCUCAGAAAAAACGCGUCCGCCAAACAACCACAGCCCUAUUCACACAGCUUCCUGCAAACGGGCGAAUUCCUUUUAAGCAAGUUCUACAAGCGACAUGGAUUGCAAUGUUCGCUCUCGUUAUCGGAAUCUGCUUUGUUCUCGCAAUCGCCUUCUCCGCAGAUGGAAAGCCCACAAAUAGCAAUAAGUGGUAUGAAUAUGCUCCGACGUUUGUCGCUUUGGGAGCAGUCGUACUUCGAGGGUCUGUCGCCGCUUUGCUCGGGAUUGCGCUCUAUCAGAACCUGUGGCAGAAUGUUGCGGCGCCGGCCAAGGCCAAUGAAGAGCCGCGUGUUGAGACGGGAGGGGAGGGAGGCAUUCCGUUAAAGAAGGUUGAGUCGCUGCACUUGGCUUCGCGUUUGGCAGUCGGCAUGUUAGCCUAUCCGUUGUUCCGGGCUGGCUGGAUAAUUGGUUUCCUGGGACUUGCCGUAACCUCUGCUGUCCAGCCUGUCCUGCAGUCCGCCAUUACAGCCAGGCAAGAGAAGCAGGUCAUUCCUAUGGGUUUACCGAUAUAUCACCCCCAGUUUAACGGAUCGCUUGCCUUAAGCGACUCAGCAGCAAUGCUUGCAGCGGGUCCGACGACAAUAUCGAGGAGGUCAGCAGUCGCAGCUCUGAUGGGAGAGAACAGCGGACUUCGUUACACAGAUGCCAACGUUACUGGUAUUGCAAAUUUUGGCCCCGUCAAGUACCUCGAUGUGACCUGUAACAUUGAAGCUGUCCCUGGAAACAAAUCCAAUCUAGGCGGCUGGGACCUAUACAAUUUCACCUACCGAUAUCCAGACGCGGAGGAACGCGCUUCGGGUGAUCCGAAGUACGAUUUGACCAAAUUCCGAGAUGUAUCCAAUAUCUCGGUCCUGUAUGACGGAGUUGAAAUUUCGCAGGAUGCCAAAUCAAGGGUAGAAGUGCAAGCCGUCAUGUUCAACAACACACAUUACCUUAGGCACCUAUGCAUGGUUCAAACCGCGAUUGGAAGCUGUGCCACUCCUAUUACAGCCGGAAGUGGACGCAUGGGCGACCUCGCCUGCUUGAGAGAUCAGCUUAUUAAUGUCGACAGCGACCUCGAUAAGGCCGGUUCAUUCUACGGACCGGCUGGUGGAGUGAUAUCGCUAUUCGGAUCUUUUCUAGAAGUAUUUGCCGGGAAAGCACUGCUCACUAUACGUGGCAGACUUAACCCUGGUAAAUCUCUGUUUAUGAUGGGAACCAUGGUUGCGGAUACGGAUAAAACGCUCGUCAUGCCGUCAGAUCUCUUGUCACAUAUGCAGCGAGUGCUCUGGGUCACGCCUUUGCUCGCAAAAUUCGGUACUCCGGAACAAGAAGCACUAAACGUCACGAUGUCUGUCCUAGAUGAGCGUAACAUAAUCGUCUACAAAAUCGACAAGCCGCGAAUCAUCGUCACGGUCGCCGUCCUCCUUAUCAUCGGUCUCGGGUGUUUGGUCUAUCUAUCUCUUUGCAGUAGCGGAGCUUGCGGACGUCUCACAAGAGACAGCUUGGUUCAUUCCCUUACAGUGGCGGGCCCCAAUGGCCCUGCGAUCAAGGGGGCGUGCUUGGCUUCUUUGGAAGAAAUAUUGGAUAAAGCGGGAGAUGAGAAACUCAAGUUUGGUGUGCUUCUAGCGGCAACGGACUCGUUACAACUGUUGGAAAACCGGUGCCAGGGAGGUGGUAUGGGGGUCAGGGUUGCCUCAGAGAAAAGAAACCUCAAGUUGAAAGCAGACGACAUCGAGGUAUUCUAUCCAACGCGAGCAUGCAAGAGGGAUGAAUCCCUCGCGACGGCAUCAGCACGACUGGCGGCUUACCUCCCUCAAAGCGGUAAUGGGUCGAUUCUAAUUACGCCUGGAAGUAAAGAUGCGGCAGACCGGCUGGCAGGAGGUUAUAAGAACAUCAAGCUCUUUAUAAUCUGGGAUGAUGUGGCAACUUUCUUCCGACCUUUAUCAAUAUGCGCCUGUCGCUUGGUUGAGUCAAUCGGUUCGGGCUGCCACGUCAGCGCCGGAACUAGAGGUAUCAGUAUCUUUUUCGACGAGAACUUUCGUACGAACCUUUACGUAAGAAGUGACAAGGCCGGCGGUAUCGUCAUCCUUCUCGAGGCUCUUCGGGCGGGACAGAAGGUGGAACUGAAAGUGAAACUCGCGUCUGUGCAGCACGGUCAGAAUAACUUUUGA